CAGAGUAUGGAUGCACGUCGGUAGCCAAGUGUCUGCUAGCCAAAUGCGGUAUAGAUUCCAACGCAAGAGACAGCUACGGUCGCACCGCAUUCCACAUCGCAGCAGAGUAUGGCAAUAAGUCGAUCACAGGGCUUCUUUUAGCAUAUGGUGCUGUGGAUAUCAAUGCCCGAGACGUUAAUGGGGCAACAGCACUCUGCUUAGCUGCAGAUGCAAAACACACAGCUAUAGCCCUACAGGUUCUCGCAGAAGAUCAUGUAGACGUCAACGCGGCCGGUCAAACUGGCAGGACAGCUCUUCACCAUGCGGCGAGCACGGGAAACAUACCGAUCGCAUGUGUCCUUCUCGCCAAGGAGGAUCUAGAUCCUAACGUUCGCGACGACCAGGGAUGGCCCUCUCUCACCUACGCUGCUUUCAAUGGUGAUUUACGCAUGGUGGAACACUUCCUCGCAAGGGGAGACAUACAAGUGAACGUGCAACAGGCCCCUCCACUGUUCCAUGCCGCCAAAAAGGGUCAUGUGGAAG